UUUUCCAUCAGACAAAGCAUUGUGCAUUUCCUCUGUUUCUGUCUGUCUUUCUUUUUGACCACCAUGGCGUCCUCCGGUACCAUCACCCCUGAUCUCCUCAACUCGUUGUUAUCUGCUGAUGCUCAGUGUCGCAGUCAAGGAGAAGCCUUCUUGCAGACGUUGUCCGUCGCCCAACGAGUCCAAGGAUUUCUUCCCAUUGUCAUUCAGGCCAAUGACAACAACAACAACAACUCUACCCAUGGACACUUGGCGGCCGUCUUGUUGCGUCGAGACAUUCUGCGCAUGACGGAAUCCCCGGAAGCACUCGUGGAUCCUCUUUUGCAGGCAUUUUUGACGGCUAACACUACUGCCAGCAGCACGACAACCAAUCGCAUUGCCAUUGGACAUUGUCUGGCAGAGAUUGCUGGAUCCGUCGCCAUGUUGGCGCCAUCCAACCAAGAACGUGUCAUGAACCGAAUUCUCACGGCCAUUGGAAAUGCGGUGGGACAAGGUGACAUUGCGUCACUUCGUUUGUUAACUGCCAUGACAGAACGGGCUCCUCUCGUCUUUGCCACUACCGCUGUUCCAUCCCUCGAAAAUCUCAUUCAGCAAGUGACCUUCUCCAACAAUAACAACCACAACAAUGAACAACUCUUGGAGGCCCUCAUGCAACUCUUGGUGCACGCAGCCGUUGCCACCCAAGCAACCCAGCAGACCAUCUUGUUGCCAUUUACCACUGGCGAGGAAAAUGCCACUAUUGAUCCCAACUCGGUGGCAGCUGCAUUGGGACGAAGCUGUUUGCCCAAAUUGAUGCAGCAGUGGUCAUCAUCCUCCUCCGAAACAAGCUCAUCAUCAUCAUCAUCAUUGGCCAUGCUUCAAGAAUGGACUCUGGCGGCAUCGCAGUGCCCUUCCUUUUUGGCCGGCGAUAAAGCCGUCUUGGAAGCUGUCUUUGGAGUUUGCUUGGCCAUUGCAAACAACAACAACAACAACUGCGACGAUGAUGGAACUACGGCAUUGGCAGCCUUGGACGUUGUGACCACUCUCAGUGCCGUCGGAGAUGUCAAGCGUAAAAUCUUGACCAAUGAUCCGGCAUUGUGCCAGCAAAUUCUAAUGGGCAACGGUACGCAGCAAGGUGCCGUGGCCUUGUUGGCGCAGUGGAUGACUGUGGGUAUGGAUGAGGAUGCACAAGCAUGGGCCAGUGAACCAGCAUCGCUGUUGGAGGAAGAUCCUUGGGAUGGCGAUGACACGGCUCAACACGCGGAAAGCUUGCUUCAAUCCCUUCUUCACUCCUUGCCCGCUCCAACAUUGGCGGUGGCCCUUCCACUGGUGGAACAACAGUUGCAACCAAGCCACACGGACUGGAGACGACACUGUGCUGGUUUGGCCAUGAUGGAAGCUUGCGCUCAAAAGAUUGCCUUUGCAAGCCAUGUUCCCGUGGCGGUCAAUGCGGCUGUGAGCAUGGCAAGCUCCACGCAACCCAUUCGAGUCCAGUGGCAAGCCGUGCGUUUGCUGGGGGUCCUUUGUGAAACGGAGAUUUCCACCAUUGUCAAAAUGAUGCAACAAAACUAUGCUGUACAAGUGCUGCAAACCCUCGCACAGGCUGUCCAGUCGCCUUGCUCCAAAGUUGCCACCAUGUCCUGCUUGGCCAUUGUCUCUUUUGCUCGAAUGUCCCAAGAAGAAGGAAAUCCUGUGGUGGCCUUUUUAUCAGAUUUGUUGCAGGCGUUGAAUGGUCCCCUGUCCAAUCCCAGCUUGGAUCGAGGAGCCACUGUUGUCAAAAUCCGAGCUGUAGGGGCUGUUGCAGCACUGGCCCAGAGUAGUGGAGAAGCAUUUGCUCCGUUCUAUGCCACAGUCAUGCCCUGUCUCUUGGCUUGCUCCCGAGUCCAGCCGGUUGGACAUGAGGCAUGCCAACUCAUUGGUGCCUCCAUUGAGGCGGCUACUAUUGUGGGCCAAGCUGUGGCAUCCGACGAGUCAACCCGAAAUCAGUAUGUUCGCUCGGCAGGAGAGCUUAUGCAAUUCAUUGUGCCCAUCCUUCAGAAUGCGGACAUCGUUUCUUCGGACAUGCCAAUUGACCAGAUAUUGUCGGCUUGUGCUAGAAUUGCAUCAGUCAUGGAUGUAGACUACAUCCCCUUUUUGCACGCGGUUGUGCCCCAUUUGAUUCAACGGGCAGUGGCACCGCCAGAUGUUUCGGUAACGGAGGGAGAUGAAGCUGGUCUCAAUGCUACGAAGCGCCAACAGCUGGAGAUCGACGAGGACGGUACUGAGAGCAUGACCGUGGCCGUGCCCGGAAAGGGAGUGAAGAAAUUCACUGUCAACACUUCACAGAUUGAAACCAAGGCACAAGCAGCGCGCGCAAUCUACGAACAUGCUGUAGCCCUUUCUACAAAUAAAGGUUUUCAGCCAUAUGUCCUGCCUUGCUUGGAGGCAUUCACCCCAUUGGUUAACUUCAAGUUCUCGCCUGAAGUCCGGGCUACGUCCGCCUUAGCAGUAGGAAAGCUCUGGGAAGCAGGCUGCCUGUAUGCAGAUGAAACUGGGGACAGCUCGCAGCUGCUUCCAUGUUUUCCUACGCUUGUGAAAGCAGUGGCAAAUCAGAUCAAAGUAGAGGAUACUGACGAUCAUGAUGCCAUGUUUGCAAUCUGCGAUGCACUAAGCGAACUCUUUUAUAGCAUGCACCAACGAAAGGAAGGUUAUUUUCAGCACGCAACUUCGGUCUACACCUUGGCCGACGCAACCGAAGUGGUGGGCAUUGCCAUGGCAGCCAUCUCAGCUUGUCUCAAACGCAGGUCCAAUGUGUACCGUGUCUUGUCUGGACAGGAAGGAACCCUUACAGGCGAGGACGAGCAAGAGGAAUGUCAUGCACAGCUUCGUCAAGAAGAACAGCUGUUGACACCCCUCGUCGACUCUGUGGGUUACACCCUAAAGCUUUUCAAGGAGCAAUUUAUGCCAGUGUUCGAAAAGUUCGUUGCUCCGGUCCUUGGCCCCGCCCUGACGAACGGUGACAUCAGGGCCAAGCUGGCGGCUGUGUGCCUGUACGAUGAUGUAGUCGAGCACUGCGGUCCGGAGGCUGCGGCAGUGCACUCGCAAAAACUUGUCUACGGGAUUAUUCUGGGUAUUGACGAGCAAACCAAUGGUAACGACAGUGAACUUCAAUCAGCUUCUCUCUACGGGAUUUCACAGAUUGUCCGCCAUGCCCCCAGCUCUGUACUGGCGCCUCACCUGGAAAGCAUCUGCCAAAAUCUGCUAAAGGUGCUGAAAGCCUCCUCGAAGGAUGAAAGUGAUAACCCAAUGUGCUACGAGAAUGCAGUGUCGGCCUUGGCGUCAAUGACACUCAUUGGGAAGGCUCCAUUCGCUGCCUCAGCCCCAGUCAGUCGUGAUGAGUUGCUCAACAUAUUCGUGAACAAUCUACCGCUUCGAGAGGAUCCAGAUGAAGCCAAGAUUUGUCAUGAAGCAGUUGUGGAGUUGAUUGAAACGGGAAGCCUUGACGUAACCACGACAAACGUCGCUUCUAUUCUGCGCGUGUUGGGAGAAACUAUAGCAUUUGCCGAGGACGAAGAUAUUGCAGAUCAGGAAACUCGUCUCCGCAUGGCACAGGCUCUUGCGAAAAUGUUUCAGACUUUGCCCACUGCUGUGACGAAUGCUGCAUUUUCCACGCUGUCAGAGGAGGCGAAGCUGGGAAUCCAAAUGGCCAUCAACUAGAACAAGGCGGUGUUUAUAGAGUGCGAUCGACGCACCAAUGGUACCAGGUAUCAAAAUUAGAGCAAAACCGGGAAAGUUUAUAAGAUUGCAAUAACUAGAAGUUAUAAUGAUAUCAUUCAAUCUG